UACCAAGUGUGGCAUUCUUAAAUUAAAAUCAUAAAAAAAUAAAGAAAGGGCAGCAAAGUGUUGAAGAACCAGUGAUCGAUGAGUCAUAGUCUAGUCAAAAUGCCAGCACUUCAUCAUCAUCCAUCAACAUGAUUCAAUGAUUCAUCAGUUCUAUCCAUUCCAUUACGCGACUAAUUUAAUCUCCCCCGGAUAAAAUUUCAGCAAUUAAUUUCUGAAACUUCAUUUUUUUGCGGGCUUUAACAACAAUGGUAGCUUUAACUUUUCUCUUCCGCCGCAAAAUCCACCAGCAAAACCGUCAUGUACUGGCGCGAUUCUCACUUUUUCGACGUUUUUCGUCGUCGGAAGGUUCAGGCGAAGGUAAGAAGGAGAUGAUUGAGAAGAUUUUAGUAGCAAAUCGAGGAGAAAUUGCGUGUAGAAUUAUGAGAACAGCAAAGAAAUUAGGGAUAAGAACUGUUGCUGUUUAUAGUGACGCUGAUCGAGAUAGUCUUCAUGUUAAGUACGCUGAUGAAGCUGUUCGUAUUGGUCCUCCGCCGGCGAAAUUGAGUUAUUUACAAGGAAAUUCUAUUAUUGAUGCUGCUAAGAUGACUGGUGCUCAGGCCAUUCAUCCAGGAUAUGGAUUUUUGUCCGAAAAUGCUGAGUUUGCUCAGCAGUGCAAAGACAAGGGUCUGUCUUUUAUAGGACCUCCUGCAUCUGCAAUACGAGAUAUGGGUGACAAAAGUGCAUCAAAGAGGAUAAUGGGUAAAGCUGGUGUUCCUCUUGUGCCUGGAUAUCAUGGGAAUGAUCAAGAUAUUGACCUAAUGAUAUUAGAAGCUGAAAAAAUUGGUUAUCCCAUUCUAAUAAAGCCAACUCAUGGAGGUGGAGGAAAGGGCAUGAGGAUUGUGCAAAAGGCAGAUGAAUUUUUUGAAUCAUUCUUGGCUGCUAAAAGGGAGGCGGCUGCUUCUUUUGGAGUUGACGCGAUCCUGCUUGAGAAAUAUAUCACAAGACCAAGGCAUAUAGAAGUGCAGGUUUUUGGAGACAAACAUGGCAAUGUUAUAUAUUUAUAUGAGAGGGAUUGCAGUGUACAGAGAAGACACCAGAAAAUAAUUGAAGAAGCCCCAGCUCCUAACGUCAGUAGUGAUUUUCGUUUGCAAGUGGGUGAAGCUGCUGUUUCUGCAGCCAAGGCAGUUGGUUAUUAUAAUGCUGGAACUGUUGAGUUCAUUGUGGAUACUCUCUCGGGUCAAUUUUAUUUCAUGGAGAUGAACACACGAUUACAGGUUGAGCAUCCUGUCACAGAGAUGAUUGUUGGCCAAGAUCUCGUAGAGUGGCAGAUUCGAGUAGCUAAUGGCGAGCCUCUUCCUCUUACACAAGCAGAGGUGCCUUUAUUAGGGCAUGCAUUUGAAGCCCGUAUAUAUGCUGAAAAUGUUCCAAAAGGGUUUCUUCCAGCUACGGGGGUCCUUCAUCACUAUAGACCUGUUCCAGAGUCAGAAACAGUUCGCGUUGAGACGGGAGUUGAACAAGGAGAUACUGUUAGUAUGCAUUAUGAUCCCAUGAUAGCGAAGCUUGUUGUUUGGGGAGAAAAGCGUGCUGCAGCAUUAGUUAAACUGAAGGAUUGCUUAUUGAAAUUUCAGGUAGCUGGCUUGCCAACUAACAUCAAUUUCCUUUAUAAACUGGUUGACCAUUGGGCCUUUGAGAAUGGUCAAGUUGAAACUCAUUUUAUUGAGCACCACCGAGAAGCACUAUUUGCUGAUUCAAAUAAUCUGGAGCGGGCAGAGGAGUUAUACAAAUCUGCUUCACAUAGUGCAAUGCUUGUUGCUGCUUGUCUCUGUAAGAAGGAAAUUAACACGAUGAAGGGUAUCUGUCAGGGAGAUAGAAACCCACUUUCAAUCUGGUAUUCUGACCCCCCAUUUAGAGUCAACUAUUGUGCCAAGCGGGAUAUUGAACUCGAGUUGGAGGAUGAUUAUGGUAGUGCUAGUGGUCCAGUGCCCUUGAAAUUGAUCCUUACAUACGAGCAAGAUGGGAGUUAUCUCGUUGAGGAUGGAGAAUGCAGUUCCCCUGGUAUGCAAGUUAAAGUUGAGCAGCUAGGUGAUCAAGAUUUUAGGGUAGAAGCUCAAGGACUGAGUGUGCACAUAACUUUAGCUGUUUAUACUAAGGAUAAUUUUAAGCACAUAUACAUUUGGAAUGGCUUGCAAUGUCAUCACUUUAAGCAAAAAAUCGGGCUGGAAUUGUCUGGGGAAGAUGACACUGAACAUCAGCCUGAUAGCGCACAGAUGUCCUCUCACUCUCCAGGUUCCGUAUUGGCACCAAUGGCCGGUUUAGUGGUCAAGGUUCUCGGGAAGAACGGGGAGAAAGUAGAGGCUGGACAACCAGUUGUAGUCAUGGAAGCCAUGAAAAUGGAGCAUGUUGUAAAGUCUCCUUCCAACGGUUUCAUUCACGGACUUCAAGUGGUUCCAGGGCAGCAAGUAUCAGAUGGUAGCGUUCUAUUCACUGUAAAGGAAGACUAAGAGGAUCUGGUUCACCGGGCGAUCCCGAAGCUAAAAACAAAACUAUGUCCUUAUAGCAUGUAGAUGAUUUAUAAUCUAAUGCAAGCCUUUUCUGCUGGUAAUUAGAAGCCAAGCUCUUCAAGAUGUAACACAAAUAGCAGACUGUACAAAAUAGUACUGGCAAUUCUUGUAUAGAACAAAGUGAAGUUACCAAAUAAUAUGCCUCUACUUGGAAACAUUUGUGAAAUGAAACCUCAAAGAGGUUCAACCAAGAAAAACAAUAUGAGAAUUAAAGCAAACUAUGAACACAAGUGUUUAUGUGGUUAUGUGGUAUCUUGGAUACCUCUCCCUCAAAUGUAGUUUUAUUAGAUUGAAAUUCAACAAUUACAAUAUAAUAAACCUCUCUUAUAUCUUGAGAACAAUCUCUCAAGAUCACAAAUACUAAAG